AUGAAUGUUACCCAUAUAGAAUUCAAACAUUUAGACUCAAAGAAAUAUAAUUCAGAGAAGAGACAGGGUCUCAAAGAAGCUAAGCUUCAAGUCCUUGACACAACUCCAAUUCAUCGCCUGGCAGAUGGCUCUGUUAUAGAUAACUCAUCAGACUCAACAGAAAAAAUAGAUAUGGAUGAACUAGCCCGUCUUAAUGUGCAGUAA